AUGGAAGCACGAAAACCCCUCUAUGCAGGGAAUAUUCUCGCUCUAGAAUAUUCUCUAGAAUAUGCUAGAGUGGAUAGAUUAAGCCUUUUUUCUGGGCUAGGGUUCUUCGCAAUAGGAUAUCCAAAUGGCGGCAGCGUCGAUCGCUUCGAGAUCACAGCCAGGAAUGGUGUCGAGUUCGAGCGCAAGAUCACGGCUGACAAUCAGAUCCUCAAGUUCAGCUUCCUCAAACCCUCCGAUCCCUACCACGCGUAUUACCAGCACAAAAUCUCGGAAGCGAAGAGCUCCGGCGCUCCAUCUUCGAUCACAGCUGCUGUGCAAGCUCAAUCCAAGCCACCGCCGUUGGAGGAUCAUCCAUCCUCGCGAAAGUUUCAUACUCUCCUGCAAGAUCUGCAGAGCACCGAGCCUUCCAAGGUGGUGGAGCUGCAAGAGCCGGAGCCGGAGGAGUUCCUUCUCGAUUUCCCCGAGGGUCUCUCUGCAAAGGACGUAGACAUCAUCAAGCUCACGGCGAUCUUCGCGGCUAGACAUGGCGGCGAGUUUCUUACCGGACUGGCAAGCAGGGAACACUACAACCUCCAGUUUAGCUUCCUCAAACCGGAGAGUAGCUUGCACAAGAUCUUCAAGGGCUUGUGCCACUCGUACUCCAAGUUGCUGGAAGCUCCCACGGCGCUGAUCGACAAGCUCAAGCGAGAGCUGGACAAGAGCGUUAUCCUGGAGCGGUGCCUCCACCGUGCCGAAUGGGAGAAAUCGCAAAAGAAGUUGAGGGACGAGGCCGAGGAAGACGAUGAGCGGAUGAACAGCAUCGACUGGCAUGAGUUUGUGGUGGUGGAGACGAUCCAGUUCGUGGACGAGGAGGACGCUGCGUUGCCGUCUCCGGUGACGCAGAUGGACGUGAUCAGACGCAAGGAGGUGAUCGAUAUCACGUUGCCUGAGGAUCAUUUCCCCGACGAGGGGAGAACAAAUGGCGAGGACUUUUUCCAAGUGAUUGUCCCGGCGGGCGAAGAGCCACCAAUGACGAUUGUGAGGAACUGGAAGAGGCCCGAGGAGAUGAUCGAGAUGGGCGAUAAGUAUGCGCAUACCAAGAUGGUCAUCUGUCCGAUAACUUCAGAGUUGAUACCCGUGAGCGAGAUGGAGGAACACAUGAGGAUCUCGCUCAUCCAUCCCAAGUUCAAGGAGGAGAAGGAAAGGAUGAUGAGCAAGCGGAGAAACUUGGGCACGCUUGCCAGCGACGAGGAGAUCGCGCGAAACGUCAUGAGCUUGGCUCCAGCGAGGCCUGAUCUGUUUGGAACCACAGAGGAGGAAGUGGCCAAUGCUGUGAUGAGUGUGAAAAAGAAAGAGGAGCCACCAUCACCACUUUCUCUUGAACCCGAGCUAAAGAGAAUGAAAGUAUGGUAACCUGGAUCUUUUAAAAAAUUCGAGCUAAAGUGAACUGUUCAA